AAGGCACCAUUGCACUACAACUAUGGCCAUGCUCGCUACAUUUUCAGGUAUCCCCAUGCGAGCCAUAUAUCUUCCACCCUGCUCCUUGCUUGCCACCCGCCACCUGUUCUUCUUCCUUCCUUGUUAUUCCGUCUUCUCUCACCACCGCUUUCCUUCUUUCUUCCUACCACAUAUCCCACCCAUCGUCCACCUAUACCCGCCCAUCCUCUCGGACUGCAUAACAACCGCUCCGCAUCAACAUCCAAGGCGCCCAGACACGUCCGCACGCUUUUCUUCCCCCCAUCCAUUUACCUGCCACGAAAAAGACGCGUCAUUUGUCUAUCUUGUCUCGUUUAACCUUUUCCUCUAUCCUACAAGACCAAUCAAGACUUCCCUCUACCACUUUCCUUCUUCCGCCGACUUUCUAGCUUAAACGCCUGAGCUUGACCAUUCGACAAUACCAACCUCUUCUCCCUUUCAUUUAGGUUGAUUACCACGAAAAAGACAAGUCAUCUCAUCAGCACUGUCUCAUUCAACCGUCCUCGAGGAACUCAAAAGUUUAUCUUCAACGCUUCCAGCAGUACUGGAAACGAAAGGACACGCCAUUGCACGUAUUGUUUUGAUCAACUAUACUUCCUGAUCCACCGAGACCAGUGAAGGCGAAGGCUUACUUACUCUACGCCAAUCUUCCCCAUUGCUCACGCUACACCCGCCUUUCUCUGCAUAACUGUUCCGCAAUCCCGGAGCUACUUCUCUUCAGCUUCGUUCAUACAAAAAAGGAGGGAUCUUCUCUUCGAUACCCUCUGGUUCAUUCAACCAUCAAUUGGAUCAACAUCUCUUUGCCCUACCAAAAAAAGAAGUUAAGGCUCCUAUUGACUGAUAGACGUCGAGAUUUCUCUCCGGGCUCUCUAACUUGGCCCACGACAGCAUUGAAGCCACCCCGGUCUCGCUUCCGAAUAAACUUCUUCUCUUGCUUCAGCUGCGCGCUGUCGCCACGGAUAAGUGAACCACGAUGCCGCUCCUCAAACGCAAGCCAGUUCACCUCACGCCCCUUCCAUCCCUCUCCGCGGUCCUCCAACCAAUACCCGCCUCAUCUUCUACUUCCGACCCUCUCCAAACCCAAGCGCCAACUCCGCUCACGCAUGAACAGCUUCAGCAAUUCAUCCCGCCAGAUGGAAAAGACGAUGCAGAGCAGCUGGAAAAGCUGUUGGCUGUCUUCAGAGGCGAGUUUACCAAUGGCCACACGACGGUGGUAGGGAAAAAAUCAAAGGGAAAGGCUGUCGCUCCGAGUUCGACUAUGGUGAAUGGGGAGAGUCCACAAGAUGGUGAACCUUCGGCGACUGUGCAGGAAGAGCCUGCUGUUGCCUGGCGGAUCCAUGAUCGUGAUUGUUGGUACAUCCCAGAGACUGGCGAAAUCUUUACAGAUUACGAAUCGUACUCUGCAAGAAAGGCGUUUUACGAUCAACAGAUCUUCCAAUGUGAAGUAUCCGGCAAAUCGUCAAUGCCAUACUUGGACGCUUUACGAUCAGAACAGAAAGAAAUUCGACAGCUGCAUACCCGAUUCCCUAAGCAGUUGAAAAAGGCCGUUUUGAGUGCCGUCCAAUUCCAAAUCGAAGGGAAGCUGGAGAACCUCGCGGAUAAGAUCUUUGAAAGAUUCCAUAAUCGAUUCUUCGACGAUGAGAAGGUAUUCGUCGACGUCCAAGGCGACAAAUACCUCGCUAGGAUAAUCAAAACAGUCCCCCCCUCCCCUUCUCUGACUUUGAUCCCAUCCACUUCCAAUGGCCUCACCCUCGAAACCCACCCCCUCGCGAUCGAUCUCAACCUCGCUUCGGAAGAUGUACUCGAGAAAGACGACCCGGGACAGUACAUCUACGUCGUAAAACUAGUCGAGGACGGUGUAGAAGACGAUGACCAAGAGAAUGCGCUGCAAGUCACCGCCGACAAGAUAUCCCGGGACCGUAUCAACUUUUCCCGCGCGAUGCUCAAACGAUUCAUCCGGGAUUGCGUCGAACGUGAUGCGGCAGUAUACUCGCCGUGGAUCGUGAAACCGGCCGUGGCGCGUCGAUGGGGUAUCCCCAUGGAAAUGUCAGAGUCGACAAGGUUAUUCAUCUCAUCUUACAGAGAACGCCAGAUGGGGAAGCGGAAGCGUGAGAGGGAGGAAAGGUUGGGCUUGAACGUCGAAGAUGAGGAGGUGGAGGAGAAACCAAAGACGAAGAAGCAAAUGAAAGAGGAGGAAAAGAGAAUGAAGGAAGAGGAGAAGGCGAAGAAGAAGGACGAGGAGAGAAGAAUGAAGGAAGAGGAAGAGGAGAGGAAGAAGAAAAAGCAGAUGAAGUGGCCUAACGAAGACUUGCUUGUGGAAUGGUCAGAAGAAGAUGUAAGAGUGAGACCACAGCUCGUCAGGACGUUACCCUUUGGAGAUCAAUUUGAAAAGCUUUUGAAUUCUUGGAGUUUUUUGAACGUCAUGGGCACACCGCUCAACCUCUCCCCGUUCACGAUCGACGAGUUUGAACAGUCCCUUUAUCAUACUACGUCCCCCUCGCCACCACUUAUCGCCGAGAUCCACGCGUGCCUUCUCUCUGUUCUCAUCGCCGAUGCUGCGUCUGGCCACUCUCCUGUCCGACCCAUAUCUGCCACCGGCCGGCAGCCAGAAGACGACAGAGAUUACUGGGAAGGCGAAAAGGGUGCUACGACCGAAACGCUCAGUCCGGUGGCUGAGAAGCUCGCCCAGUCGUGGAAAGAUACCGAGAUCCCACUGAGGGAUAAUCGGAGAGGAUGGGAAGCUGCGUUGAUAGGGUGUUUAUGGGAACGAGCGAGUUUGGAGAGCCUGCCAAAUUUCUUGGAUAAUAUCCUUCACCUCACAUUUGAACCGAAACCGGCGCCUACCCGCCCGACAUGGUCCACCGGUCCUUCAUCAUCUACUUCUUCUUCCGGCCUCGGUCUUGUACCUGCAAAGAUCCCGACGAGGUACCCGACAUUGCACCAUUUACACAAACUGGACAUCAUCGUGUUUCUCAUUGAGCUCGUGGGUCAGACGGAGAAAGUGAGAGGGUUCAUGGAGGAGAGUAUCGCAGCGUUGACAGAGGUGAGGAAGGAGCAAGUCGACGUGAAGAGGGAAGUAAGGAGAGUGCAGGCUGAGAGGGAAGGGCUGGAGCCAAAGACUGAAGACGUAGAAGCCGUAGAAGGAGAAGCGGGGAUGGAUGUGGACGUGGAUGUCAAGGUUAACGGCCAUGUCAAUGGAGGAGGAGAAGGGGAAGAUGAACUGGAAGAUGACCUUGACAGCGAGAUGCGCCCGCCCGAAGAUGACUCUUAUUCUGCCCUCUCGUCACCUCCAUCCGCUGACCAAGGGCAUCACGCCCAAACCGCCGCUUCCCGCCGUCGCGCCAUGGCUGAAAAGGCUCGUGAACGUGCUGCCGAAGAAGCGAUGCAUCGCGAGCGUGCAAUCAAGGAACGCGAAGAAGCUCGUCUGUCAAAAUACAAUGCUAGCGAAAAGAAACGUCUUCUUGAAGAAGAGGAAGUGCUGGCCGCGAAGCUCAAAAAACUUGAUUAUGAGUUCCGGUCGCAUAUAUGGACAUUACGUUCCAAGCCCCUGGGAUUGGACAGGUUUGGGAACAGGAUCUGGUGGCUUGACGCGCAGGGUUCCGCGCCGAUGCUUGCGCCCGACGGUAAACUGACGUAUGGAACGGGACGGCUGUAUAUUCAAGGGGUAGAUGAACCAGAGGAGACGUAUUACCUCAAUGCUGCAAAUGCGGUAUUGGAAGGAAUGGGCGUGAAGGAAGAGGUGAAGAAGGAGGAUGUUGAGAGGAGGAGGAAAAUGGAAGAGGGGGGCAAGUUAGGCAGGGGUGAGUGGGGGUGUUAUGACGAUGUUGAGCAGGUGCGCGAAUUUAUGCGAUGGCUUAACCCAAAGGGUAUCCGCGAAAAAGAUCUCCUCAAAGCGCUUACGUUCUGGCAACCAGAGUUGUUGGGCGGUAUUACCAAGCGAAGGCAGGUCAUGGGUCUUGAUGGACAAUCGGAGAAUGAAGAACCUGCCAGACGGACGAGGCCAACAAGGAGAGCGGCUGGGGAUGAUGAGGAGAAGGGGUAUAUGGGAUGGAGGAAUCGCCGUGCGGGUGGGAAGGAGUAGGCCUGACCCAAAUUUACUUUUUCUGUACUUUCUUGGCAUGUCAUUUCUUUCUUUCUCAUCUACGACAUCUCAUGGCUAGAAUUCUUUGCAUGA